UACAAAUGCGACUUCCAAGUAUCGCUGAGCGUCCUGAUUGGGAUAGUGGCGAUUGGGUUUGUAUGUAUGAACUUCCUUUUAGGAUUGGCUUUCGAUUCCCUUUCCCUCCAUUUGUACAAGAAGUGUUGGACUAUUAUGGGGUAGCUCCUAGCCAACUCAUGCCAAAUGCUUGGAGGUUAUUGUUGGGUAUAGAAGUCAUAGUUAGAGUAAAGGGGAAGAGGGUUGACCUUGUAGAUUUCAAGUCAAGUUAUUAUCUUAAACAACACGAUACAGAUAAAGGUCGAUUUCUAUUCACUCUUAGAGCGAACAAAAAAGCUUGGGUAACGGAGUUGGUUCCUAGCAACAAGAGGGGUUGGAGGAGGAAAUAUUGUUUUGUCAAAGGUGACCUGUUUGGAACGAGUGAUUAUGUGGUUCCUACUUCAUGGAGAACCUUAAGUAAGGGGCUCACUCGAUGUCCUCGUAGGGUGUGUUGGUCUGAAGCUCGAGUUAACGACUUGCUCUCUAUUCCUUCCGAUCAAAGAGCCCAUAACAAGCUUCUUAUUUUGGAUAAAUCUUGUGUUGGAAAUUUGUGGAGAGGUGCGCAACGUCAAGAAGGUAGUAUUUUUUCACUCAACGUUGUCAAGCGCGCCCCCAUCUUUUUGUUGACCCGAGCUUUAGAGAAGGUUAGUGGUCCCUUCUCUUUGAUUCGUCAUUUAACGGAAGAAGAAUGUUUUCUUGCAGACCGUUAUUAUAAGAGGAUGACUUUCAAGGUUUGUGGAGCGGAUGAUGCUGUUGCUAGGGGUAAGACUAAUUUACUUGGAAAGAGGUCUAAGAAGACCACAAGUCAUGUUGUGAAAUCUCGAGUUCCUGCUAAGGAAAAUGGAGGAGGUAGCUCUCAGUUGCCAGCUGAUGGUGUGGUUGCGGCUUCACCACUGAGGGGUGACAACGAGUUGUCUAUUGAGGAGAGUAUGAUCAACCUGUCCAUCUCUUCCAACAUUUCGGCCUACUCUGACCCUGCUUCUAUCGAAGGUCAUGUUGAGGCUCUUCUCCAUCCGAGAGAUGAAGAGCGUUUGAGGGGCAUCGGAGUUGCGGGGUGAGCGAAUUACGGUGUUUCUACGAUUUACCAAGCUAUUCAAGCAGUCCUCUACUUGAGGCGUGACACAAUUUCGCUUGAUCAAAAGAACAGAGCUUUGAACAAGGAGCAUUCUAGACUUAGAAAGGAAGUGGAGAACUUGAAACUGGAAGGAGAGACUACCAAAUCAUCAUAUGACAAGCUAAAACAGGAUUAUUCCUCGUUGAAUACUGAGUUGGAGUGCCAAACUCAAGGAGGAGGAGGCUAAGUAUCGCAUUGUACCAGGAGGUUGAUGAUAUUUCACUCAAGACUGCCAUCAAGACAAGGGGGGAGUUGAUGAUACAGUAUAAGAAAGGGCUCCAUCGUGGAUGGGACGUCGAUGGUGCUAUUGCACUUCAUGAAGAAUAUUUGGCUCUUGAGCAAGAGAAUGAGAUGGAUGUUGACGCUCAUAUCUCUGUGUUUGAUGAGCGCGUUGAUGCUCAUACCUCCGUCCCUAGUAUGGGUGUCGACGCUCAUACUUCUGUUUCUGGCGGGAGUGGCAUUGACGAUGUGAUGUUCUCCAUUGCUGAAGAUGGUACCAUUGCUCCAUAGUGGGUCUUUUAAGUUCUCCCUUUUGUUUACAAGUGACAAUUGAUUUAAACUUUAGGUCUCUUUUGUUUAAAGCAUGAACAUCGCCAUUGUGGCAUUAAGUAUGUAUGCUUAACGAUCCUUUUGAUGUGCGGACAUCCUCUUAAUGAUGACCCUUUUGAAUUUUAUGACGCUUUGAUGUAUGGACGUUACUUUUGCGGUGGUGU